CGCUAGGUGACAGAAAAACCGCUUGAUAAGUCUAAUCUCGUUUGUGAGAGAGUGCUGCGGUUGAGCUCCGGAAGCGCGAAACGCUUAAUUAGCUGGAUCAUUGUUCUCGCCGUCAUCAGUCGAAGAUCGAUUCUCUAACUGUCUUGUUCUCCAAUCUACCGGCGAUCGAUCCUCCAAGAAACCUAACUUCACCGCGGAAGUGAGCGAAUUCUUUUUCGAUUCCGAUCUACCACUGAUCGAAAUUAUCACCGGAAACGGUGUGGCCAAUCGAUCUUUCACGAAACCGUGCGUCAACAUGCAUCGUUCAUCGAUCGUUUCGGCCGGUGUUCCUCUGUUCCUGUUUAUCGCUGGCUUCUCCGUAGCGUUAUCAGCGGUCGCUUUGGACAGAGAGGCGUAUCGAGAAUCGCCGAAUUUGCCACCGGCUGACUCGCCGGACGAUAAUGCGGGCAGAUAUAUACCGGAGGACUGGCAGAGAAACUGGCGGCAGUCCCUGACGUCGGAGAUCAAGAUUCACUCGGCGGAGCGCAACGCGUCAGAUCUGGACAUCAACUGGUUGUUCGCCGUGAUAUUUAGACACGCGCCGCAGAAUUACAAGGCGAUGGAGUCCUUGGAUCAGAACACAUCCGGAAACAAGAUCGAGGAGAUCGCGGAAGACGUGGGAGUGAACGAGAUCGGGAAAAGCGACGAGACCGUGAUACAGACGGACAACAAGUUCGUAAUACCACAAUUAGAAUCCAGGACAAUCGUCGAUCCGCCUGAGUUCCAGUGCCCUGAAGGUGAAAAGAAGGAUCCUGCCGGGAAAUGCAGGCCGAUUAUAACGUAGACCGAGAGAACAUCUGUAUUUAAUCAGUUUGACGGACAGGUGAAAAACAACUACUUCGACGUUGGUUCACAAGUUAAAUAUAAUGUUCCUCUUUCUUCUAAAAUAAAUUGCUUGCAAAAAAUAAGUGACACUUCUUUCUUCGAGCUAUGUCGAUAUUUCCUAGAUUGGUAAUCAUAGAUUAGAUUCGUGACUCGUAAAUGUAUAAUGAUAUAUUUACCCUUAUUAUUUACAACGUCUUGUCAUUUUAUGGGUAAUUUUUCAAUUCCUAAUUUGAUUGCUUAACAUAUAUCGUACCGGCACUUUUCUUACAGUAAUCAGUCAAACAGCUAGCUACAAAAUGAAAGUAACAGGUUAGAUGACAAACUUUGAAACAAAGUUUCUAAACAAACAACUAAACAAAAAUUGAAAACCUAAUUGAUUGGACGAUGUAGGAAUUAAUAAAAAGUUAAAGAUUGAAAGAAGACGCAGAACUUUGGACUCGGUCAUUUGACCGGUUCCUGGUAAGAUUAGUGUUAAACUAAAUACAAUUUGAUAAAACGAUC